AUGUCUGCCGCCGCCGCCAAGCCCGUCGCCAAGAAGGCCGCCUCCAAGAAGGCUGCUGGCACCAGCGUCUCCUACGAGGCGAUGAUCAAGGAGGCCAUCCUUGCCCACCCCGCUGACGCCCGUGCUGGUAUCGGCCGUGCCACCAUCAAGAAGUACAUCCAGUCUCACCACCCCGAGACCGCCAAGGGCUCCGAGGCCAGCUUCAACACUCGUGUCAACCAGGCUAUCACCCGCGGUGCCGAGAAGAAGACCUUCCUCCUUCCCAAAGGCCCUUCCGGCAAGGUCAAGCUCGCCCCCAAGGCCAAGGUCGAGAAGAAGGCUCCCGCCGCCAAGAAGCCUGCUGCCAAGAAGGUCGCAGCUAAGAAGCCUGCCGCCAGCAAGACGGCUGCCAAGAAGCCCACUGCCAAGAAGGUUGCCUCGUCAACGGCCACCAAGGCCAAGAAGCCUGCUGCCAAGAAGGCUGCCAAGCCCGCCGCCAAGAAGACCGCUGCCAAGAAGGCAUAA